AUGACGCCAAGUGUUGUGUGUGCUAGGUUAGAAUAUGAUGCUAGUGAUAGUGAUGUUAUGGGUGUUUUAGGUGAGGGUAAUAAGAGUGAUGGAUUAGGUGAUAUAAGAGGAAACAUGGCUAGUGAUGGUGAUGCAAAGGACAAAGUGGGCAACGAUGGUCCUAUCGAGGGUAAUAUGACCGGCAAUGACGAUCUUACAAAGGGCAAUGUGGCCGGUGGUGGUGCUUAUGAGGGCAAUAUGGACAAUGAUGGUGCUACCGAGACCAAUAUGGGCAUUAGUGUAGCUACUAAAGGCAAUGUGGUUGGUUGCAAUGUUUAUGAGGGCAAUAUGGGUAGUGGUGGUGCUCGUUAA